GCUGGAGAAACACACAACAUCUCUGUCUUCAUCUGAGUGUGUGGAAACAGAAACUUGUUGAGAGGAAGAGGGCCCGACUGGCAGUGCAUCAGUGGAGAUGGCACAUCUCACGUGUCAGAAAGCAGAGAAACAUCAUGUGGAGGAUGAGAAACACGUUCCUGUGCUGGAAAGCAGCGUUCAGACAGAGAAUCAGGAGCAGAGAUCACUGGACACAGACACAGCAGAGGAGGGUUCUGCUGGCGUGGCAUGGACAAACAGUAUCAGCGCAGAGACGGAGGUACAGAGAGGCCUGGUUCCAGUACAGCAGUGAGAUGAGACUGCAGGCUGCUGUAUUCAUGCAGUGGAGAAAAGCACUGAUCCAGGGUCAGCAGAGGCAGUGUGCUCUGGAAAGCCUGCUCAUCAUCUAUCAAAGCAGAGUCAGCGAUCAAGCUUUUCAGCGUUGGAGAACUGCGGCCGCAGAAUGGAAAACAAUUACAACAUUCAACAACAAAUUACUUAACAAGUGGUUCAUGUGUUGGACACACAGCAGGGAUCAGUUGAAAGUAGCAGACAUGUCUUAUAUGAAGAAAAAAAUAAAUGAAGCCCGGUUUGUUCUGAGGACGUGGUCACUGUGGGCUAAAGAACGUAAAGCACAGAGACAGAUGGAGGAGGCUGUGAGUCUCUGGCUGGAGGGCAGAGCAGUAUCUAGAACUUUCCAUCAUUGGGUCAAAGUUUAUCAACAACAGCAGAAAGCCUCUCACCACAGACAAACACAGCUUGCACACAGUAUCACAGCAAUAGAGGGAAGUGGACUGCAUGGACUGACCCGUCGUUACUGGACCUGCUGGAAAAACCAAACUGAAGCAUCACUGCUGUGUACACAACAAUAUGAGCACCGUGUGCUGCAGAAAGCCUGGCUUACCUGGAGGAAGCGACACAUCAGGAACAGAGUGUCUGCUGAUUACUCAGCCAACUUUAACAACGCGCUAUUGGCCCAGGUGUUGCGAGUGUGGUGGCAGCGAGCCCACGGGGUAGACUUUGAGCCCUAACCAAUUCUGUCUGUUUACAAGCAGAGAGUUAACAGAUGAAAAUCAGCCAAAGAAGAUUGUGCUAGAUUGCAGAAACUCCACACAUCACCUCCAAAACAAUCAUCAUUUACUUGAGUUUUCAGCAACAGUUCAACAACACAUUUGCACACUUUCCUCAACCUUGCAUAUUUAUUAACCCCCACAUUAGGCUUUACUCUAGAGGACAAUAAAAGAAGGAAAAAAUCUCAUAGAUUUACACCGACGGAAGGAGCCCAUCACAACAACAUGAUAGUGGGCCUUUUUGACUUUUUUUAUUUUCCAAAUUUGUUUCAACAUUGCAGUAGUUGAACAGUGUUUGCCAUUCACUCACCCUCAAGUUGGUCUGAACUUAUGAGUUUCUUUCUUCUGCUGAACAUAAAAGAUGAUGUUGUAAAUAUUGUGUGUAACCAAACACCUGAGUGACAUCAUUUGUGACCCUGGACCACAAAACCAGUCAUAAGACUCAAUCUUUUUGAAACUGAGAUUUAUUGAACUUCUGAAAGCUGAAUAAAUAAGACCUAUUCUAUAUAAGCUGGAUAUAAGCUUCUAGUGACUUCGGUGCCGAUAGCCUAGUGGGUAAGUGCGCUGACAUACAGUGAUGUUGUGCUAUGGGUGUCCCAAGUUCGAAUCCUGGCUCAAGGACCUUUCCUGAUCCCACUUUCCUGUCUUCUAUUGAUGUAUGGUUUGUUAGUAUAGGACAAUAUUUAAAAAAUAUUUAUAAAUCUGGAAUCUGAGGGUGCAAAAAAUCUAAAUAUUGAGAAAAUCACCUUUAAAGCUGUCCAAAUUAAGUUCUUAGCAAUGCAUAUUACUAAUUAAAAAUUAAGUUUUGCUAUACAUAUAAGGUAGGAAAUGUACAUAAUAUCUUCAUGUAACAUGAUCUGUACUUAAAGAAGUCCACUUCCAAAACAAAGACACCCCCUUGUCAUCCAAGAUGUUCAUGUCUUUCUUUCGUCAGUCGUAAAGAAAUUAUGGUUUUUGAGGAAAACAUUUCAGGAUUUUUCUCCAUAUAAUGGACUGAUAUGGUGCCCCGAUUUUGAACUUCCAAAAUGCAGUUUAAAUGCAGCUUCAAACGAUCCCAAAUGAGGUUGUAAACGA